UGAACUGGCACAGUGUUACCCGAUGGGGGCAGUAUUUCCUCAUUUUCUGAUAGCUUCAGGAAUAAUUAUGUAACAUCUGCAAGUAAUUAAAUUUACAAUAUGCCAUUGUUGAUAAACGUUUAAGGGAGCCAAAUCCACGAAACAUGAUUCCCUGGUCCAACGUUAAUUGGGGAAAAUCUGGUGUAUCCAGUGGAAUCUUGAAAGCGGCCCAGCUCGUUUACGCUGUAUAACGUGAAGACAUUUUAAAAUAUUAACCGGUACUUAGAAGGUAACUCACAAGUACAAAGGUCCGUGAUAAAGCAUGACUUGUUUUUAUUUUAUUUACAACAUUUCAUUGUUACAACCCGGAACUGUCAGAAGCGCAUACCGUACGUGGCAAAUUUCCAUUGGUCGCCGAAAUCUACGUCACGAGCAAACCGCUCUCCCAUUGGCUGUGACCCUCUUUGCAACGUUCCCAUUCGCCCCCCGACUGGAAUGGUAUUGUAGCGUAAAAUAUCUUCAAACUACCCGAUCACCCUUUUAAGUUCUUCUCUUUUAACAAUUUAUACUGUUUGUUCUGCAAAGACGAGCGACCGCUUAAAUGUGACAUCGUGUUAAAAAUCAAACAAACAAAAAACGUUAUACUAGUGUACCCCGUUUGUCUCUCCUGCGGGAUCGCUGAGGUCCUUCAGACCGCAAGUCCAGGCCAUCGACUUUUCUUCCGAGAGCAUCCUACAGUCACACAGUCUGAGUAAAGGAGUGGCCGCCAAAGGGAUGGCUCAGUUCCAGGAAAUGAUGCGCCAACAGCUGGAGAGCUCCAUGCACGCUGAGCUGGAGAAGCUGCUGAGCACCUCCACGGGGGCCGAGAGAGAGGUGUCCAAGAAAGACUUCGAGGGAUUCACGAAUCUCUUCCAUAGGUUUCUGCAGGUGAAGGGGCCGUCAGUGGAGUGGAUCAAGAUAAAGAGACCUCCAGAAGACUCUAUCCAGCCCUACGAUAAGAUCGCUGCUCGCGGCCUGCCGGACAACGUGGCCGACAGCUUGAACAAACUGGUGGUGGUGAAGCUGAAUGGAGGCCUGGGCACCAGCAUGGGAUGUAAGGGCCCCAAGAGCCUGAUCAGCGUCCGCAACGAGAACACCUUCCUGGACCUCACUGUGCAGCAGAUAGAGCACCUGAACAAGACUUACAACACAGACGUGCCCCUGGUCCUCAUGAACUCCUUCAACACUGACGAAGACACAAAGAAAAUCCUGCAGAAGUACACACACCACCGGGUCAAGAUACACACCUUCAACCAGAGCAGGUAUCCUCGCAUCAACAAAGAGUCUCUGCUCCCCGUGUCCACAAUCCUGAGCAUGAGUGGGCAGAACACAGAAGGCUGGUACCCUCCCGGCCACGGCGACAUCUACGCCAGCUUCUACAACUCGGGCCUGUUGGACCAGCUGAUCGCUCAGGGCAAGGAGUACAUCUUUGUGUCCAACAUCGACAAUCUGGGCGCCACGGUCGACCUGCACAUCCUGCACCACCUGGUCAGCCAGCCCAACGGCAAACGCUGCGAGUUUGUCAUGGAGGUGACAGACAAGACGCGCGCUGACGUCAAGGGUGGCACGUUAAUCCAAUAUGAAGGAAAGUUGCGACUGCUGGAGAUCGCCCAGGUCCCCAAAGCCCAUGUGGACGAAUUCAAAUCGGUCUCAAAGUUCAAGAUCUUCAACACCAACAACCUGUGGAUCUCCUUGGCUGCUAUCAAGAGGCUGCAGGAGCAGAAGGCGAUGGACAUGGAGAUCAUCGUCAACCCCAAGACGCUUGACGGCGGGCAGAACGUCAUCCAGCUAGAGACGGCGGUCGGCGCGGCUAUCAAGUGCUUCGACAACGCCUUGGGAAUCAAUGUCCCUCGCAGCCGCUUCCUGCCCGUCAAGACCACGUCGGACCUGCUGCUGGUCAUGUCCAACCUGUACAGCCUGGAUGCCGGCUCUCUCACCAUGAGCCCCAAGAGAGAGUUCCCGACAACGCCACACGUCAAACUGGGCAGCUCCUUCACCAAGGUGCAGGAGUACCUGACCCGUUUCGAGAGCAUCCCCGACAUGUUGGAGCUCGACCACCUGACGGUGUCCGGAGACGUCACCUUUGGGAAAAAUGUGUCGCUCAAGGGCACCGUCAUCAUCAUCGCCAACCACGGAGAUCGGAUUGACAUCCCGGCAGGAUCCAUGCUGGAGAACAAAAUCGUAUCCGGCAACCUCCGGAUCCUGGACCACUGAGGCCUUUUUCCACCCUUGUCAUGUGACCAAGUUGGCUCUAUCCCAGUCAUGUGACCCAUUUGGCACGUUUACCCGACACCAACAGAUUGUGACAGGAAGUAGAUUUCCCCCCGAAGGCUGUGUGUGAUUGCAUUAUGUGCAGUGCUAUUCUGCAGUCUAGCUGUCAUGGCAUACAGUAGUUUACUUGGUCAAUGUAGCUGACAUACACUGCCCCCUGCAGGCAGUUCAUCAUAUAACCUUUUAAAGUAUUGAUAGUUUGUCAUUGCUAAGAGGAAAACAAAUAAUCUGAUUUUUAUAAAUUUUAUGUAGUGAGUUUGUCCAGAAACUAAAACCAAAUUAGACUCUUAAAUAGAUGGGAGACAAUAACAAUAAUAAUCAUAUUAACAGUAGGGACUAAAUGGGGCCACACGUCAAGAACGAUUCAGUUUUUGUGCACUUUCAGCACUGCUAAUGCAAUCACAUAGAAUAUAAACAGAAAUGUAAAGUCCUGGAAGUUAAGGAGAAGUUUAUUUUAAGCUUGUUAAGACGUCGCUUCAGGACUUAACAUGAUUCCACAUUCCACAAACUGAGAUAUGUUGCGCUAUAUCAUAGUUAUUGAAUAUAUCCAUGCACAGGUCACUCAUUUAUUAGUGGGGGUAUAUGAGAUAUGUCCUCCCUGCCCCACAUUUAUGAGAGUACCUGAGCAAAACCUUCUUGAUUGCUUUGAUUUUGAUCACAUAGACGGCAGCAGCAGAAAAAGCAAAAAAAAAAAAAACAGGAAAAAAAAAAACCUGACGCAGUAUCACCUUUCCAGAUUUAACAGCUACCACAGACACAGAGCAACAUCAGCACUGAAGGGAGAACGUCCACAGUAAACGCCCAGUCUCCAGGCUAAGUGAACAGAAGCUUAAGCUUCAGCUCCACUUCACUGCAGCUGACAAAACGGAUUCAAAGAAACACAGAGGCCGUAUUUCCAGAUGGCCUUUGGUGGCACCCAGCUAGAGAAUUAGCAUAAUCUCAGUAUUGGUGUUAAUGGUAGUGGACAGAAGCACACAUUGUUCUGUAUUUAGUGGGAAAUCUGACUUUCCUUCCUUUUUGCUAAACUAUGUUAAAAAAUUCUAAAAUAUUAAGUGGAAAAUGGAGCCUGAAUUGAUGUCACUGGUGAUAAAUGUUUAAAACUGUGAGAGAACAUACUUCCUGUGUAUUCGCACCUCCAGCGUCCAGAGUAACCAGCCUUGUGCCAUAGAAGACAACAUGUUACCCAAAUCUUGUCCUUGUGACUUUUUUUUGUGCUUUUACCGGGUGAUAACUGUAAGGAUUCAUAUCCAGGUGCGACCAUUAUGAAUUAUAUGUUACUAUAUCAUUCACAAGUGAAGACCUUUAUUUGUCUGUGUGGCGUCGAUGAAAUGGGGAAAAAACAAAAAAGCUGUGCAUUACAUUUGUUCGAAUCCAGUAUGUUUGCUCACACCUGAAAGUGUCCCACGUCUCCUGUUGCCUCCUCAUGUCCGUCACCCAGAGCUGUCCCCCCCACAUUAAGCCAGACAGGACGUGCAGUAUUUCCUGUUUACACACAAACACACGGUCAUUCUUGAAAAGAUGCGCGCGAUGCUUCGGUGUGAGAAUGCUUGAGAUGGGUCCGACUCGUGCGGGCCGUGAGCCUGAAAGCAAUAAGUGUUGAUCUGUGAUGGUUAUGAGGUCUCGGCCCAGUUCUGAAUCCUCAGAGCUGAAUAAAGUGCAAUAUGAAAUACUGA